AUGGAACCGCUUAAGUUUCUGAAUUAUGAUGUGAAAUUUAAAGGUGAAAUUGUCAAUAACGGACAUUCUGUGCAAGUAAAACCUCACUGUAUAAGUAAUGUGCCAGAAAUUCGAGGUGGCGGUUUUGACCAAACUUAUCGUUUGGUACAGUAUCAUUUCCACUGGGGAUUACAUGAUAAUGAAGGUUCCGAACACACUUUAGCUGGCCUACAUUAUCCGGCAGAGCUACAUCUUGUGCAUGAAGGUCUUGCAAACCCCAACAAACUAGCCGUUGUUGGUGUCUUCCUUGUUCUUGGUGAUGAUGACAACGCUUUAUCUCAAGAAUGCAGCGUCCUCAAUAAAAUAAUCGAUCCAGCACAAAGUGAGCAAAUACAAGGAAUCCUUUUGGAUGAUAAGUUGCCAAAAAAUAGAAAAUCAUUUUGGCGAUAUAUGGGAUCUUUGACCACGCCGCCAUGCUCUGAAGUUGUUACAUGGACAAUUUUCACUGAACCCAUUGUUGUCACCAAAUUUCAGCUUGCACUCUUCCGAAGUUUGCAUGACAAAACAGGACAAAUAAUGAAAAAGAAUUUCCGUCCAGUACAAAAACUCUACCAGCGCGAAAUACAGUUUAUAGUAACUGCCUGA